GGCGCCGCGAUGCGGAAGGUUUCUGCAUCCUUCUAAAGUUGUUUGGUAAUCCUUUCUUCGGUGUACACUCCAGCAACAGGUGACAGGACAAAAUAAACUCCCAGAGGACACCUGUUGGGUUUGCCGUGCCUUUGUCGAUUAAAGAAAUAAACGAAUCACCAAAAGUUUCAAAAAGUGCUCAAACAAUUUUCUGUUUCCAAAUUAAGUGAUUGAUAUUUUUAUCGCCUUUUCUAACGAAAAUCAACCGAUCAAAAAGUGAAUGUAAACCAAGAGAACCAAGUUUGUGCAGUGAUUCGCAUAAAGCCAACAAAACCGAUUGUGAAUUUAAACCUCAAAACGGAGGCCAAGAAAAUUAAGCUCCCUUUUCCGGAGUCUUACAAAUUGAACCUCCACAAUUCAUCCCAGCGGGAGAAGACAAGAAGAUAGUCUUUCAAAAAAAAAAAACAAACAAAUUCAAACCAUAUAACAAGGAUAAACGUUCCGAAAAUAAAGUGCCAAGUACCCCCCGGUUAAAGGUGUGCAACCUUGGAGUGAUUAAAAAAUUCUACACGCACUGAUCGACCCGCGGAAGCCUUGUUGGUUGUCCGAGGUGAAACGGAGAAAAAAAACGAGGACUGCACAGUCACACGUCCCAAACUGGAGUGAAGUGUUCCGAACUGGAAGAAAGGAGUGAAAUAACUCGAAGGAAUUUAGUACCCUACUGCGGAAACGUGAGGUUAUCUCUGUCAACCCUCUACACUAAUAAGGAAACCACAAACUGGUUCAUUUUUCACACCGGACGUUGUGUUUCAGUGCUUGAGGGUAACCUUACCGAUCACAUCGCACAUCGGCGGCAAAGCAUCAUCGAAGAGGUGAAGGACGAAAGCAAGAAAUUAUGGCUAACCCACAUCUAAGGUGGGCGUUAGUCCUUUUCGGCACAUGGGCGUUGCUACCGGCCACGAUCGAAGCCGCCAAUUUCAAGUGCGAACAGGAAGGAUUCGUCGCAGACCCAAACGAUUGCAACGCUUUUUACCGAUGCGUGCAGGAAGGAGACAAGCUAACGCCAUACAAAUUUCGCUGUGGACCAGGAACCGUUUACUCCGAGGUUGAGAAUACAUGUGUUCACCCAAGCAACUCUGAGCGGCCGGAAUGUGGCGGAGGGAACAACGAACUCGAUAGUAAUGACAAUCACGUACCACAGGAGUCACAUGCAGAGCAAGUAUCGGAGAGUUCCAAACCAGUUGGACCAUCAGAACCAGAACCACAACAGCCAUCAGAACCAGAGCAACAACCGGAACCUGAACAACCUGCGGAUUUAAAUGAAACGCAGGAACCACAGCAACCGGUCGAACCGGAACCAUCUGACAAUGAAAAUGAUAUUAAUUCUAACGGUGAUAACAAUACAGAAGACGGAGGAUAUCACUAUGAGAAACCUUCAUCUUCCGGAGAACAAUCUUCGACGACGGAUGGCAAUUCACAUUGCAAUGAAGAAGGUUUCGUUGGGGACCCUGUUGAUUGUCAAAUGUUUUAUCGAUGUGUCUCAAAUGGGAAUGGUGGAUUCACGACGUACUCGUUCCGGUGUGCUGAAGGAACCGUAUGGGAUGAUCGAAUUGAUGCUUGCAAUCAUGAUUAUGCCGUUGAAAGAUGCACGAAACGAGCAGAGAAUGACUACGUGGUAAACAUGGAAUCUUUCAGUCAAACAAAUGCUUCAGCUGAACAAAAUUCAUCUCAAACUAGCGGAUCAAUGACACAAAACGGAGUAACAACGAACACAACGUCUUCACAGAGCAACAGCAACAGUCAAAUGAGUAAUUAUCAAAAUAUGACUACAUCGACAAGCGAUGGACAAGGCGGUUCUUCUCAGUCUUCUUCCAGUAGCUCCAGUUCAAGUAGCAGUAGCAGUUCAAGUAGUAGUUCAAGCAGUAGUUCAAGCAGUAGCUCAAGCAGUGGCAGCCAAAACAAUCAGAAUAACCAAAAUAAUCAAGGCUCAUCAAGUAGCAACCAAGGAUCCAGCAGUCAAUCAUCAAACAAUAACAAUCAAUCGAAUAAUAACAAUCAAGGAUCCAGCAGUCAAUCAUCAAACAAUAAUCAAUCGAAUAAUAACAACCAAGGAUCCAGCAGUCAAUCAUCAAACAAUAACAAUCAAUCGAAUAAUAACAAUCAAGGAUCCAGCAGUCAAUCAUCAAACAAUAAUCAAUCGAAUAAUAACAAUCAAGGAUCCAGCAGUCAAUCAUCAAACAAUAACAAUCAAUCGAAUAAUAACAAUCAAGGAUCCAGCAGUCAAUCAUCAAACAAUAACAAUCAAUCGAAUAAUAACAAUCAAGGAUCCAGCAGUCAAUCAUCAAACAAUAACCAAUCGAAUAAUAACAAUCAAGGAUCCAGCAGUCAAUCAUCAAACAAUAACAAUCAAUCGAAUAAUAACAAUCAAGGAUCCAGCAAUCAAUCAUCGAACAACAACAAUCAAGGCCAGAGCUCUUCCAAUAACAACCAAUCGAAUAACAACAAUCAAGGGUCCAGUGGACAGGGAACCAAUGAGAGUCAAAGCUCCAACAGCAAUAGCCAAGGUAACAACCAGAGCCAAAGCUCGAACAACCAAUGGAACAACAAUCAACAACAAAGUUCAUCCAGUAACAAUCAACAUCAAGGACAAAGCAGCAGUAGUCAAGGAUCCAACAGUAACAAUCAAAGUAACAACAAUCAAGGAUCUAAUAAUAAUAGUCAAAGUAGCAGUAGUCAAGGAUCUAAUUCCAACAACCAAGAGAACAAUAAUCAAGGUCAAUCUUCCAACAAUCAAGGCCAGAACAGCCAAAAUAAUCAAUCAAACAAUAAUAAUCAAAAUUCUAACAAUAACAGUAAUCAAAAUAACCAAUCCAAUAACAACAAUCAAGGAAAUCAAAAUCAAUCAGCAUCCCAAACUGGACAACAAAAUGGAGCCGAGUCGGCACAAGGUUCAAACAAUGCACAAAAUCCACCAGGCCAAUCCAACAACAACCAACAAGGAUCAGGUCCUGCUUCUGCGAACUAUGAAAGUACAUCAACUGAAGCUUCCUCAACAGAAGAUAUUCCCACAACUACCACUACAACGGCGCAAUCAACAACCACUGCCACUCAAUCAACUACUGAAGCAGCGACAACAUCUAGUGCACCAUCGACUACUUCUUCUUCUACCGGAACGUCUACAACAUCAGAAUCGGAAAAACCCGACGAAAGCACGGACCCAAAUCUCAAUGAAUUACAAACAACCUCAAGCGCAGCUUCCACUACUAGUUCUUCUAGUGUUAUGUCAGAAUCCACAACUACCUCAACCAAACCACAAAGUACCACUUCUAAGCCCUCUUCAUCAUCUUCCGGUACUGACAGUGGUAGCUCUCCAACAUGCACCGAUGAUGGUUUCAUGGGUGAUCCCAAUGAUUGCCAAAAAUUCUAUCGUUGUGUGUCAAACGGACAAGGAGGAUUCACCAAAUAUGAGUUCAAAUGUAGUGAUAACACAGUAUGGGACGACAGCAUAUCUAACUGCAAUCAUGCUUGGGCUGUUGAAAACUCAACUUGCCAUCAAAAAAUGGAACAAGGAAGUAGCUCAUCGGGAUCAUCCGCUCCCGAUGGAAACAAUAAUGGUCAAAAUGGUGGAAACCUGGAAGGACAAGGCCCUAGUGGACCCAGCAAUAAUGUUCAAGGUCCCGAUGGCCAGAACGGCGGGGGAGAUGGUCCAAACGGUUCCAACAAUAAUAGUCAAGGUCCAAACGGUACAAAUGGACCCAACAAUAAUAAUGAAGGACCUAGCGGUCCGAAUGGUUCAAAUGGAUCUAAUGGACCGAAUGGCCCGAACGGACAAAAUGGCCCGGAUGGCUCUAAUGGACCCAAUGGCUCUAACGGUGGAGAAGGGGGCCCUAAUGGUUCAAAUAAUAAUAAUCAAGGCCCGAGUGGACCUAAUGGAGGAGGUGAGGGUCCUGAUGGAAACAACAAUAAUUAUCAAGGUCCUAGCGGACCAAAUGGUUCUAACGGUCCGAAUGGUUCCAACGGACAAAAUGGUUCUGGAGGUUCACAAGGUCCUCAAGGUUCUGGAGGUUCAGAAGGUACUCAAGGUUCUGGAGGUCCCAGCGGCACACAAGGUCCAGACGGAACACAAGGUUCAAGUGGAUCAGAAACACCCAACCAAGAAAAUAGUAACUCAACAUCUACUGUUCCACCAUGUCAGCAGACAACCACUACAAGUGCUCCUGCUCAGCCUGCUGGUAGCAAUGGAGUGUGUGAACGCGAAGGAUUUAUGGAACAUGAGUCCAACUGUCGAAAGUUCUAUCGGUGCGUUGAUAAUGGAAAUGGUGGCUACACUAGAUACGAAUUUAAUUGCGGUGCUGGUACUGUUUGGGAUAAUGAUAUUUUGGCAUGUAAUCAUCCUGAAUCUGUUCAAAACUCAAAAUGUGGUACCGGCGGACAAAGUCCUUCACAAGGAAAUGAAGGUCGACCAGAAGGUGGAAGUCCACAGGGGCCUAGUAAUACUUAUUUACCUCCAGAUCCGUCUAGUUCAACAGAGCCAAUGACAACUGAUCAGGAAACAACAUCCAAGGCUUCCACUACAACUGAAAACAUAGACAACAACACUGAAACCCAGGAAAAAACUACCGAAGGAUCAUCUUCAAGUACGAGCUCUGCUGAAACUACAACUGUUUCUGGACAAGAAACAACAUCAUCGAGUAGUAGUGAAACAGAACCGACUUCUCAGAAAACAGAACCAACAACAGCUCAAAGCGAAUCCACAACUUCACCAUCAAAUCAAGAAACAACCACACCUUCAAGUCAAGAAACUACUCCAGCAUCAACUGAAGAUUCAACUAUGGGAAGUUCAACAGAACAAACUUCUGAAAGUACUACCCAAUCAAGUCAAACGGGAACUACCGAAGCACAAUCUUCAACCACUCAGUCUUCAGAAGGAUGCGAAGCGGAAGGCUACAUGUCACAUCCAAGUGACUGUAAGAAAUUUAUUCGGUGCGUGGAUAAUGGUAAUGGAGGCUAUACCAAGCACGAAUACACUUGCGCUGACGGAACUGCGUGGGAUGAAAAAAUUCAAAACUGUAAUUAUGAGUACGAAGUAGAAAAUUGUGGAGCAGAUCGACCACCACAACCGACACCUGAGCCAGAUUCUCAAAGCACGCAGAGCCCUCCCGACUCGGAAAAUCAAAUGACUACUACGCAAUCUUCAGGAUCUACUACUGCAUCUGAGAAUUCCACAGAUCAAAAUACUUCUACAAGUGAAACAACGACCUCAAAACAAACAGAAACUACUCAAGCACCCGAAUCAACAACUUCGCUAGAAAAAACUACAACUGAUUCGUCGGCUGAGACCACAACUACAACAGCGGCUGAAACAACCACUACACCAGCUGCAGAAACUACGACCUCGGUGACAACAGAAGCAACUUCAGCGCAAACCACAACUGCUGCAAUAUCCGAAACUACAACAACUGCCACAUCACAAGAAACAACUACAAACAACGGUCAAACAACACAGUCAUCUACUGAAAAUGUAACUACAGAAUCAUCGCAAGAAACAACUUCUUCUGAAGCACAAACAACUACCAAUGCAGCAGAAUCUACACCUGCAGAAGAGAAACAAGAAACAACCACAAAACAACCAUCUAGCGGUGAAUGUACAUCGGAAGGUUUCAUGGGAGAUCCAAAUGAUUGCAAGAAGUUCUACCGUUGUGUCGAUAAUGGCAAAGGGGGUUAUACUAAAUAUGAUUUCGAUUGUGGCGAAGGUACCGCUUGGGAUCAACAACUUCAAACUUGUAAUCACGAAAAUGUAGUUGAAAUGUGCGGCGACCAAACAGAGAAACCAAGUGGUACAACUAAUCCAACUACAGAUGAAUCAGGUAAUGAGACAACGACUGCAGAAAAUACAGAAGCAACAUCGGCUGGCCAAGACUCGACCACACAGACAACAUCCGAGACGACAGAGAAAUCAGAAACAACAACAAGACCGACGGACCAAGAAAGUACAACACAAUCCGAGACAACAACUCAGCCAAACCAGGAAACAACUACACAAUCUUCUCAGACAUCCAGUGAAACUACUACGAUGGGAGGUACUUCGGAAGCAACGACUCAACCUGAACCAGAGAAAGAAACAACCGCGCAAACAACAGAGGGAUCACAAGAAAUAACUCAAACUAACGCUGUUACUGACCAAGAAACCACCAGUCAGUCGACUGAUGCCAGUUCAGAAACGACAAGUCAGUCUGUACAAGAAACUACAACCACAGCAGCCACCGAGACCACAACGACCGAAGCUUCGGCAACAGAUCCAGCAGCAACCGAACCCCAAACAACUACAGAACAAUCUAGUACUGAAACGACAACGAAAAGCAGUCCUCAACAGUGCCCAGAAGGUUGUCAGAGCAAGUGCCCAACGGCCGACGAAGGACAAACUAGUUUCGUUUGUCCAACUGGCUUCCGUCGACACCCGAAGGACUGCAACAUGUUUUACCAAUGUACACAGAAAGAAAAUAGUUAUGAUUACAGCAUAGUAGUUUUUAGCUGCCCCAACAAUACCGUAUACAAUGAUGAGGGAAUUCAGUGUAACGAGCCAUCAGAGGGAGACGAACAAUGCCAAUCUCCAAGUAUGCGAGUCCUUCGUAGCGCGAUUGGAAUGCCUGCUAAUGUGAUGCAACUUCGCUCCAUGAAACCACUUUGUCCUCAGGAGGGCCACUUUGCCCUGGAUAACAACAAAUGCAGUUCAACCUUUGUACGAUGCCUACCAGGUGAAGGUCGCAAUGUCGACACUCUAAUGCCUAGUAUGUAUCGUUGUCCAAAAGGUUACGUUUACUGGGACGUGAGUCGACGAUGUGAACGAGUGGCUAAAAUUCCGGAAUGUAAAAACACACCGAUGCAAGAGCGAACUGAACUGCCAGUAGAAUGGAUAAACAUCGGAAACCGGCGCAAAAGUCUGUUCUAAGCCGAUUCGAAGACGCGAAGACCGAAGCAAUUAGUCAACGACCAAGAUCAGACAUGCGAUUUGUUCUAUAAGCUAGUUAGGUAUACUUUAAGUGAUCAUUAGUUUUAACAGGUUACUAGAGAGCUUCCACCAACAGGACUGAUUUGUACUAAUAUUUCCACGAAUAUUAUCGCUGGAGUCACGUUUUCAAGUACGAAGAAGGCACUAGCUAAACAAAAAUAUUUCAAAAGACAUCUAUCUAGUUCUAGUCAAGAAGAUGUCAUAUUUCAGUGAACCAACUCUCAAAAGCCAUACUGGAAGAAAACGAAAAUAAUCGAAACUGACACAGAUAUGAACACUAGGAUCGAAAAUUAGUCAUUUAAAGUCGUAGGUAUUUAUUAUCAAAUGUAAAUAUUUUCCAACCUUCCGCAAGGAGUGAAAAUAGCAUCGAAAGAGUAGUUCGACAUGAAAACUACGUGGGUUAUCUCAAGGGAAGAUGACAUUCAUAUCCAGUUCGCAGCACAGAGUCAUUAGCCCUGUCGUGUUUGUGCAGAAUCACAAUACACAGAUGCGGCCAUUUUUUUCUUUUCCUGAAAACGAGUCUCUCUUGCUCCAGAAGUGUUGAGCAGAAGAGAGUUGCCGAUUGUUUUCGAGAAAAGUGUCGUUACGUGACACCGUGUGCGAACUAUUUAUGAAUAUAAACCAUAGCAAUGUAACUAUUUUUAAGGAACAUUUAGUGAAUAAAUGUAAUUUAUUGUAGAAAA